AUGAAAGAAUGUUUUAGCCGAUCUCAUGCCCUCCUUGGCUUGCUCGCACUCACUCUGCUCGCUUCACUCUUCCGCGGCGCUAGUGCGUACGAGGAUCCCGAGGAGGCCAUCAAUCGCCGUCACCAGGCCGAAUUGCGUACCUUCCGAGAAAAAUAUACAAGAACCUUUGUGUACGACCUCGCGAAGCACCCUCGUCCCAUAUGGGCCGACAUCAUACGCGAGUAUCCAAAAGGAAUCACCGACAGGGCCAACCACUUGCUCCAGUAUGGCUACCACCAAAAACGCCCAAUCACUGAGGCGGAGGACGUUGUCAAUAAACUGAAAGCUAUAGAUACUCGUGCUGAGACACUGGUAGUCGGUCCCUUUCAUCCCAAACUUGUUGAAAUCCAAUUGGAUACAAUACGAAAGAAGCAUCUUGACACCUUCAGUGGCCUGGCCAAAUGGAUCUCGGACAACUUUGACGAGCUCGUUCGUAUGGAAGACCGGCGAGAGACGGCUUCUCGGCUUCAACGAUAUCAGAACAUACGCGAUCUUGCUGCGCUUGCAAUCGAUAUACCUCACCGCUGA